CUGUGAAGAAUCAAGUCACAGGCAGCUUCAUAUUGAACGCAAAAAGUGGAGAUGCCAAGUCCAGAACCUUCAUUGAGAGCGGUUUGGAGUGGGAGUACGUCUUCGGAGCGGUCAUUCCACAGGAGGAGGACACUAAGAUCAGUCUGACAUAUAAGUACAUUAUCCAUGAGGACCUGCUGCCGGUCAUCACCAAUAACAAUAUUCUCCUGGCCGAGCUGGAUACCUACGAGUGGGCCCUGAAGAGCUGGUCGCAGUGCUCUAAACCCUGUAUACAGUACACCAAAUACGGAUGCAGGAGGAAGAGCGACAGUCGACUGGUGCACCGGAACCUCUGUGAAACCAGCAAGAAGCCCAAACCCAUCCGGAAGAGGUGCAACGUGAACGAGUGCAGCCAGCCAACGUGGUUGGUGGAGGAGUGGAACCCGUGCAGUAAGACGUGUGGGAAGAUUGGCUACCAGUCCAGGGUUGUUCAGUGUAUGCAGGCCCUCCACAACGGCACCAACCGGACGGUCCACACUAAGUACUGUACAGAGGACAAGCCUGAGACCAGGAAGGUCUGUAACCCCUCUGCCUGCCCUGCGCAGUGGAGGACAGGGGCCUGGUCACAGUGUUCAGUAAGCUGUGGAGAGGGGAUUCGACAGAGACAGGUGGUGUGUAGAGCCACAGACAACACCAUCGGCCAGUGUGAGGGAGACAAGCCUGAAACGGUCCUCAUCUGUAAACUGAGCCCGUGUCCAGGACAGUCAUCGCUGCCUCCGUUCACUAAAGAAGCGAUGGAGAAUUCAACGACAAAGACAGAGGGUGUACAUCAGAUUGUUCCUGAGAAUCCUGUCCACAAACUCUCCUUCAACCUCCACAAGACUGGAGGACCCUCCGACUCAGACUCUGAGACUGGCCAGGAGACCUCUACCCAGCCCAACCCCACCGCCUCCACCACCCUAUCAUCAGACUCCCCCCGCUCCCCACCACCACCCAGAGCCCAUCCCGAACCACUAAGACCCCUAGACGGCCUCGCUCCACUGCUCAGGGCCUGACCACCUCACCGUCCGGGCGAGUGCCGUCGUUCCCCAGGGUCCUUCCUUUGGGGUCGGAGAUGGAGACUUGGUCCCUGGGCUCCCUUCUCUACCUCCAGGUCCCAGCCCGCCUCUCCGGCCCCGGCUCCGAUCCAAUGGAGACUUGGUCCCUGGGCUCCCUUCUCUACCUCCAGGUCCCAGCCCGCCUCCGGCUCCGAUCCAAUGGAGACGCUGCUUUAUCGCCAUCUAAAGAGCACAGCAGUCCAAACCACCGCUCUUUAGGCCAAUCCGCCGGCCCCGGCCCUGAACCCGGGCCUGCUGGAACUGUGGCUGGCGUUGCUGCUGCCAGGUCAAGAAGGGAGGAUGUAGGAUCAGACUCGGCUCACAGGACCAGAACAACCAGAACCCUGUCCCAUGUGCUGACAUGAUCACUGAUUUAUCCUGGGACUUGCUGCUCAGUAAUAUGGUCCAACGUGACUUCUGUCAGCUCAACGUAUUGCAACGUUGUUACAGCAUUAGAGUGUUACAGCGUUACAAUGUGACAAUGUUACAAUAUGACAAUGUUACAAUGUGACAACUUUAUUACAACAUUGUUACAACAUUAUUACAACCAUCUGAUGGAUUAUCCUGGACUGGACUCUCACCCGAUUGCUGCAAGAAUAAAUUAACAUAAAAUAAAAAAUAAAAAAUCCAUGCCAGUGGACUUAGACCACUAUUGGUUACCUCAUGGAACCAGCAGAGUGAUCUCUAUGCACUGCAUCACUCAGCCCUCUCUGCUUCAGUUAAUAAACGGAAUAAUAAACAAGAAAAUAAAAUGGUGCUGGAACUAAAAUGACUACAAGACAUGUUAAACAAUGUGAUGACUGCAUUGCUACCAUUUACUUCCUGAUCUGUGUACAGUUGUGCAAGCGUAUUUUGAAAGUGCAUCAGAACUACUUAUUGAACUUUAAUAUUGUGAAGAUAUUGUGUGGCACGGCCCCCAAAAAAAACAUCACUUUGGGGGCUGUCACAAGUUGAAGGGAUGAUGUCACAAGUAUUGGUGAUGUCUCAAGUUUGGAGAUGAUGUCACAAUGUAUUGGUGAUGAUGUCGCAGUGUCUUGGUGAUGAUGGCACUUCCUCUUCCAGGGAGCUUUGUAACCUCUCCCCAUUGGUGCUCUUAUUGUUGACGCGCUUCCCAAACAACCAUUUACAAGAGAUUGACCACAGAGGUCAUCUGAAGGUCAACAAGUCUGUUUGUAAAGCCAACCCCACUGUAGCAUGCACAUUACCUUUGUGGAAAAACUCACACAUAUGCUUUAAAAGAUAAAAAGAAAAACCAUUCUUGAUAUUUUUUUUUGUAAGUG